GCGGCGCAGCGCGCGAGCGGCAGCCGAGUCGACUAGUGAUGUCUGGGCAGCAGCUCGUAGCUCCACCCAUUGAUUAACCAGCCUGCUCCGCUCGACUUGCUGGUGGCGGCGCAGCGCGCGAGCGGCAGAAGCGUCCAGCUCGCACCGGAGGAGAGAAGCCGCCGCCGCAGCAGCAGCAGCAGCAGCCGCAGCUCGGAUUAGUGUCGUGGUAGGGGGAGAAAAUAAAUACGCUUCUCUGCAGUCGCGACACGCUGCGAAACCACUGCACCGCCGGGGUUGUAUGUUCUUCAGAAGGCGGGGGAGGGUUUCUCAGACUGGGAGAAGUUUGACGAGUACUUUCGUGUGGGCUGACUGGAGCUAGCCCCUGACUUGCCCCGGCCAGCCGGCCACAAGGCAGCCCGCUGUCCUCCUCGUCCUCCUCGUCCUCCUCCUCCUCCUGGUCCUCCUCCUCCUCGUCCUCCCUCUCCUCCUCGUCCUCCUCCUCCUGGUCCUCCUCCUCGUCCUCCUCCUCCUCGUCCUCCUCCUCCUCCUCCUCCUCGUCCUCCAGCCGCGGCGGUGGACCAUGGCGCUCAGAGCCCGGGCGCUGUACGACUUCAGCUCCGAGAACCCCGGCGAGGUGUCGGUGAGGGAGAACGAGAUCGUCACCCUGUACAGCGAGCAGGACAUCGAGGGCUGGCUGGAGGGGGUGAACAGCAACGGGGAGCGGGGUCUGUUCCCCGCGUCCUACGUGGAGAUCGUGCGGAGCGACGCCUCCAGCGCCUCCACCGCCGCCACCACCACCGCCGCCGCCGCCGCGCUCAACAACAACAGCUGCAGCGGCACAUCUGGAGACUCCAGAUACGCCAACAUCCCAGCCGGGGGCUUCGACGUUUCUUCAAAUCCUCCCAGUAAGAUCGAGAACUUUUCCAAGCCGUCCCCUCCUGGUUUAACCACAUUCCCAGCCCCUCCAUUGCAGCAGCAGCAGCAGCAGCCUCCACCACCCCGGCAGCAGCAGCAGCACACCUAUCAGUCACCCAGCCAGGUGAGUGAUGAUGACUGGGAUGAUGACUGGGACGACAGCUCCACUGUGGCAGAUGAGCCGGGGACCGUAGGGGGACGCUAUCACGACUUCGAGGGCAACGGACCCUCCACGUACAGUGUGUCCACGUCCUCAAUGUCCAGAGGCAACGCACAGCAGGCGAAGAGCUCGGCCACGGUGAGCAGGAACCUGAACAGGUUCUCCACCUUUGUGAAGUCCGGCGGAGAGGCGUUUGUGCUGGGAGAGGCGUCGGGCUUCGUGAAGGACGGGGACAAGAUCUGCGUGGUGAUCGGCCAGCAUGGCCCCGAGUGGCAGGAGAACCCGUAUCCGUUCCGGUGUUCCAUCGACGACCCCACCAAGCAGACGAAGUUCAAGGGCAUGAAGAGCUACAUGUCCUACAAGCUGACCCCCACCCACACGCAGAACCAGGUGAACAGACGGUACAAGCACUUUGACUGGCUGUACGCCCGGCUGGUGGAGAAGUUCCCCGUCAUCUCGGUGCCGCACAUCCCCGAGAAGCAGGCCACGGGGCGCUUCGAGGAGGACUUCAUCUCCAAGAGGAGGAAAGGCCUCAUCUGGUGGAUGAACCACAUGACCAGCCACCCGGUGCUGGCCCGGUGUGACGUCUUCCAGCACUUCCUCACCUGCAACAGCACGGACGAGAAGGCCUGGAAGCAGGGGAAGAGGAAGGCCGAGAAGGACGAGAUGGUCGGGGCCAACUUCUUCCUCACCAUCAGCACCCCGGCGGCGCCGCUCGACUUCCAGGAGGUCGAGAGCAAGAUAGACGGAUUCAAGACCUUCACCAGGAGGAUGGACGACAGCACCUUGCAGCUCAACGCCACCGUCAACGAGUUUGCGCGCAAGCAGAUCAGCGGUUUCAAGAAGGAGUACCAGAAAGUGGGGAUAUCGUUCAAGGUCCUCAGCCAAGCCUUCGAGAUGGACCAGCAGGCGUUCGCUGCUGGACUCAACCAGGCCAUCUCCUACACCGGGGACGCCUACGAAGCCAUCGGGGAGUACUUUGCCGACCAGCCAGGCAAGGAUCUGGACCCAAUCAUGGAUUUGUUAGCCCUCUACCAAGGACACUUGGCCAACUACCCAGACAUCAUCCAUGUCCAGAAAGGAGCCCUGACCAAAGUGAAGGAGAGCCAGAAGCACGUGGAGGAGGGCAAGAUGGACCUGGCACAGGCGGAGGGCAUCAACGAGCGCUGCAACAUCAUCUCCUGCGCCACGCUGGCCGAGAUCCAGCACUUCCACCAGACCCGCGUGCGCGACUUCAAGGCCCAGAUGCAGCACUACCUGCAGCAGCAGAUCUCCUUCUUCCAAAAGAUCACGGGCAAGCUCGAGGACGCGCUGCAGAAAUAUGACGACGCGUAACGGGCGACCGGUCCCAGCCGGUCUGCUGAGACCUCGGCGACCAAAUGGCCUCGCACCCCUCUCUAUAAGUCAGCCAGUGGGGGUUUUGGCAAACAGCAGCCAAUGCCACAUACCGCUGAGCGCUGUUCCCCCAGCAGGGAGGGACGAUCAAGGAGAUUAUGCUCCAGUGAUAAUGACAUUUCAGCCAAAUCCAGUUUUCUGUGUGUGUGUGUUGUUUGUGUGUGUGUGUGUGUGUGUGUGUUGGCCACAUUGUUCAGGGGACUGGGUGAGGACAUUUAAUUUAAUGAAGUCAGGCCAAACACAAAGGUCUGAUGCGCUCAGAUUUGAUGUGAGAGUCGGUGAUAGCGACGGGUCCACCCGGUCCAGUGUGUGUGUGGGUGAGUCACGAGGGAGUGAGUCACGAGGGAGGUACAGCCUCGCAUCCACGUGUUUUUUUUAAGCCUCACCACUCUUGUUUUUAAUGGACUGUUUUUAAGAGGCCGCUACUCCAGGAGCAGCGACCCUCCGGUGGCUGACACACUGCCUGCUGGAAACGACUCGACGACUUCCUGGUGUCCCCCCCCCCCCCCCCGGACAAACAGAACUAAAUGUUUACAGUCCCCUCAGUGAGCGGCCGCCGUCACCACUGUCUCGCUGUGCCUUCUGCCUACGUCUCUCUGGUCGUUGUGUUACUUGUUACUAAAGAUGUUUUUAAAAAAGCUUUAUAUAAUGUAUAUGUUUAAAUAUAUUCUAUUUGUUUUAAACAAAGCUACAAAUUUUGUAGUCUGAGGACAGUGUCUUUUAUGGGAGAUAAUAUUCAGUUCUGUCGGGUUUUUUGUUGUUUUUUUUUUGCCUCAGUGGCUCCAGGAUUUAUUUUUCAACUCUUUCAGAGACUGAUGAAAUCAGGAUCAAGAGAGGAUUACCUGCUUUGACAAUAUGAAACCACGCCUUACAAACGGCACAGCGAGCACUGGUGCUGAUCUACGUAAAGCUUGCCGCCUAUCAAUGGACACGUGUGGGUGGACACUUGCGACGAACGCGUACGUGAAUUUGUGUUGACAACACGUGGAUUUUCAGGUUUCGUUUUUUGGGAUAGUGUUCAGAGGUAGGCUGUUAGAGGGUAGAGGAGGGUACAGUACCUGGACAGUUGUUUGAAUGAUGCUGUUAUCUUAAUGGCACACUUCUAGACGCUUCGACUGUACGGCUGUUUUUGACCUUUAUGAUGAUGGGAGAGAGAGCGAGAGAGAGGAGGAGAUCAAUGUAGAAGCAGAGACGCAAAAUAAAUUCACAGAAAGCUA